GGGUGAUAUGGCUGUGGCAUUUCCCUCUUGCAGAUGUUCUCUCUGAGAGCUGCCAAGUUAAUUUCGCUGUAUCUCUUUAGUCUUUAUUUCGGUGUAUUGGUGUUUUUAAUUGGCCAGUUUUUCAUUUUCUGUACAUUACUAUAUGAAAUAACAAAAACUGACUGAUAUUCUGUGAUUUCUGAAAAAGUGAAUAAUAUAAAAUGGGUGAAAUAACUAAGCCACAGGCCAUAAAACAUUUUAUUGGAUGGAUUCUUUAAUGUUUUUUUAUGUUAACAAAAAGUUUUUGUUCAAAAGUACAAUCAUUUACUCCUAAUAACCACAAACAUCUUUAAUUUAUACUGACAGUAAGGCUCAGAUUUUGUCACCAUAAAAUAUAGUGUAAGUUAAAUCCACAUUUUGGUUGUAAUUUGUAAACAUUAUGAAGGGUGCUUCACUAGCUCAUUGUCUUAAUGGUAGGUCAUGAGUUUUUUUCUUUAAAUUACUCAUUUCUACUGCAUUGUACAUGGAGGUUCAAUGCUGAAAUGUCACAAAAGGUAAAGUAGCAUGAUCCAGCACUGCUCCAGAGGCUCCAGCAGCUGCAGGUACAAACACAAGAUGCAGCACUGAGGACUGUCUGUCUCUAGAGGUGCAGAGAGGGUUUUAUUUCUUACCUUUUGUAAAUGCUAAAAUUAGGAAUGCUCAUGCAGACUAUACAUGUUCGUGUUUUUAAUGUAAAUUUUCGAAUGUUUAAGUAUAAAUUUGAGUGUGUAUACAAGUUUAAAGACAUGUGUUUGUGUUUUUGUUGCUGUGUGGGGACACCACAGUUUAAAAAAAUGAUUAGAGAUCUUUAGGUAACCAAAAUGGUUCUUUCAUGUCGUCACCUUUUGGCUUUACAUGAUACCCCUAUUUUACAAGUGCAUCUUUGAUUUGCUGACAGAAUCAGCGCUAGACUCAGAAAAUGACGAAAGAGCGCGGUACAAACGUCUACUUGUGAAGACGAGGUUUAAUUCAGCAGAUGCAGGUCAAUCUCUUCGUGUUUUCCUCUUGCGCGCUCUUGGAAGCGCGUGCACAGCUUCAGCACCUUGGAGAGCUCCGCGGCUUCCCAGGAACGUGCAGCCAAUCAACGCUCCACUCAGGCAAAGCCCGAGAAAAUUAUUCAUGCGUUAAAUAGCAAUCAUUCCAGUGUGUUAAAACUGGAAAGUGUUAUUUACGUUAAGCUCUUUUUGCAAGAAUGACAAACGUGAGCCGUUUAAACAAAUUCGAAACGACAUCAUAAUAUUUCUUAUAAACUUUCACACUAUGUUAAAAUAGAUAGCACAAGUGACAUUCUUGAUGUGUGGAAAUAAGUUCCUCGAUCAGCCUAUCAUUGCAAGUCAUCAUGGAAUGGGUCUUAAUGCUUGCAGUCUUAAUAUAUAAAUCGUCACAUGACGUUGGCGUAAUGAGGUAACCAUAGCAACAGUUUGCUUUCCCUUCAGUAUCGACAAAGGGACUUAUUUUGCAAUGUAAUUAUCAAGACUUGCAAGUUUGCAACUGCGACAGGUGUAAAAAUCCGAUAUUGGUUGCAUGGAAAUAACCUGUAGAUAAAGAGCAGAUGCUGUUUUCAAAGGUCUUCGUCUACUUCACACACUGUAUGUGAGAGUGCGCCUUUGCUAUUGUUGCAGAGCUCGAGACGUGUUUUGUACUUUGUGAAUGAUUCGCGUCGUGCGCGCGAGGCAAAACACAGGCGCGCUCACCAAGGAUCGAUGCUCCUGUCUAGUUGCGCUCCGAUUGGGCGAGUGCUGGAAAUGUGUCAGGCAUAUGCUCGCCGUGGGCGGGAGUAGACAUGUGUUUAUAAAGCUCGGUGGGGCGGCGACAGUGUGUUAAGAAGCGAAAAGAGAACGCACGACAGAGAAGCCCGUCAGUUCACCCGAUGUUAGGUAGGGGAGGCGGGUCGCCCUCUGCCGCUCCGUCUCCUCACCUGUAUGGAUGACCACUACAACCUCAUCGACUCACCCUCAGCCAGCCACCGGGGGAACAACGCCGACAACCACGGGUACGCGGAGACCGAGAAGGACAUCAUGACGGUGGUCGCCUGCGAUAACAUGCUGGAGGAAACGGCGGCGCUGCCCAGUCACCUGUCGCUGGAUCGCUACGAGCCCGACCACGAGUGCUGCGAGCGGGUGGUCAUCAACAUCUCCGGGCUGCGCUUCGAGACCCAGCUCAAAACUUUCAACCAGUUCCCGGACACGUUGCUCGGGGACCCGAAGAAAAGGAUGCGCUACUUUGACCCGCUGAGAAACGAGUAUUUCUUUGACAGGAACCGACCGAGCUUCGAUGCCAUUCUCUACUACUAUCAGUCCGGGGGGCGUAUUCGCAGACCCGUGAACGUGCCCAUUGACAUCUUCUCGGAGGAAAUCCGCUUCUACCAACUUGGAGAGGAAGCCAUGGAGAAAUUUCGCGAGGACGAGGGCUUCAUCAAGGAAGAGGAGCGACCUCUGCCAGACCACGAAUUUCAGAGACAGGUUUGGCUUUUGUUUGAGUACCCCGAGAGCUCCGGUCCUGCGAGGGGCAUCGCGAUCGUGUCCGUUCUGGUCAUUUUGAUUUCCAUUGUGAUUUUCUGUUUGGAGACGCUGCCCGAGUUUAGGGACGACAAGGACCCGACUACUGUGUCUCCUAUCGCAAACGUCACUGGCCCGUUCGUGUCCAGCACUUUCACAGACCCUUUCUUUGUAAUCGAGACCCUUUGCAUCAUCUGGUUCUCUUUUGAACUGCUCGUGCGCUUCUUCGCGUGCCCCAGCAAGGCUACUUUUUCCAAAAACAUCAUGAAUAUCAUUGACAUUGUGGCUAUUAUUCCCUAUUUCAUCACUCUGGGGACGGAGCUGGCUGAAAGACAAGGCAACGGUCAACAAGCCAUGUCGCUGGCCAUCCUCCGAGUGAUCCGUCUGGUGAGGGUCUUUCGCAUCUUCAAGCUCUCACGUCACUCUAAAGGCCUGCAGAUCCUUGGCCAGACUCUGAAAGCCAGCAUGAGGGAACUGGGACUCCUCAUCUUCUUCCUCUUCAUUGGGGUCAUCUUGUUUUCCAGCGCCGUCUACUUUGCUGAGGCGGAUGACCCUACAUCCAGCUUCAGCAGCAUCCCUGAUGCUUUUUGGUGGGCUGUGGUAACCAUGACUACAGUGGGCUAUGGAGACAUGCAUCCAGUGACCAUCGGAGGGAAGAUUGUUGGCUCUUUGUGCGCCAUCGCCGGUGUAUUGACCAUUGCGCUGCCCGUACCUGUCAUUGUGUCCAAUUUCAAUUACUUUUACCACCGGGAGACCGAUGGGGAAGAGCACGCACAAUACCUGCACGUUGGCAGCUGUCAGCAUCUCAACUCCACAGAAGAUCUGAAACGGACACAAAGCACGUCCUCCCUCAGCAAAUCGGAAUAUAUGGUCAUUGAGGAAGGAAUAAAUAGUGCUUUCAAACAGCCAAACUACUCCAACCAGAACAAUCAAAACUGCGUGAAUAUUAAAAAGAUUUUCACAGACGUGUAAAUCGUGUACAGUGCCAGACAGUCGUACAAUAAUCACUACGAUGAUGGCACCUCUGCAAACGCAAGGUGCUGCGUUAUUAGGGUACAGCGGGGCUAAAAGUCCUCCACAGCGGAGGACAGUGUGAUUUUAUUGUUCCGGUCGCAAAAUACGAUAUUUUUAUGGAACAUAGAAAGAGAAAUAUAAUUUGUAUAAAAGUAAAUGUUAAAAGUAGCUUGGUUUAAAUGAAAAAAACAACAUAAACAAGGCAGCUAGAGGGAAGAAUUUGUCAUCGUAUAUGCAAAUACUUUUAAUAUAGCAAGAUAUUUUAGAGUAACAUUUAAGUGUUUACACUACAGUUGAAAAGUUUGGGACUGCUUUGAUUAUUCAAGUUAUUUUUAGAGAAGUCUUUUCUGAUCUCAAAUACACUAAAUCAGUGAUAUUGUAAAACUAUAAUUCUGCUGAUUUGAAUAGCAGUGCUGCUUCAUGUUUUUGAGUAGCUGUUAUACAUUGUCAAUCAAAAGUAGCAUUCGUUUUUUUUUAUUCACUAAGGACAUGAUCAAACAUUUAUAU